CUGCUCUGUCGUCGCACAGUUAUCGACGUCACAACUCCGCGACCACAACGUAUCUCUUACAACAGCGGCCUGUGUGUUUUCACUUGAUCGCUGUAAUUUUUCUCUUUGGUGGAGGAUUUGUCUCUACAGUCCGUCACCACCAUGAAACUAGUCAGAUUUUUGAUGAAGCUCAGCCAUGAGACGGUGACCAUUGAACUGAAGAAUGGCACCCAGGUCCAUGGCACCAUCACAGGUGUUGAUGUGAGCAUGAACACCCACCUGAAGGCGGUGAAAAUGACUCUGAAGAACAGGGAGCCCACUCAGCUGGAGUCGCUGAGUAUCCGUGGCAACAAUAUUCGCUACUUUAUCCUGCCAGACAGCCUCCCGCUGGACACCUUGCUGGUCGACAUCGAGCCAAAGAUCAAGUCCAAGAAGAGAGAAGCAGUGGCUGGACGGGGACGAGGCAGAGGCCGAGGGCGCGGCAGAGGAAGGGGACGAGGACGGGGUGGCCCAAGGAGAUGAUCACAAAGCCAGCCACACACAUUCACUUCUCACCACCCCACUGUUUGUACAGGAUUUUUUCCUUUUUGUUUUUCUUUUUUCAGAGAAAACGAUUUGUGAAUUUCUGCGUGCUUUUUGUUAUUCUUUAUUUCCCUUAUUUUGUACAUUAAAAUUCUCCUUGAUGAGAA